AUAAGAUAUUCAGAGUCUUUGAAGAGCCCGGGCACAUCUCAGGUGCUGGCUGCUGUGAUGGGGCGUGGCGAUGAAUGAGCCAGCCCAGCCCCAGCCAACAAGGAUGGAGAGCCGCACCCGGGAGGGUAAGAAGCGACGCCCACCCAUCCCCACGUAGAAUGACUGUCCUGGGAGGACCCUCAGCCUGUGAACUGGCAAGAGUGGAAGGACUCCAGACUCUUCUCGUGGAUGGUCCCCUACCCUGCGGCUCCAUCAUGAGGCUCCUUGUGGCCCCCCUCGUGCUGGCCUGGGUGGCUGGUGCCACUGCCACCGUGCCCGUGGUACCCUGGCGCGUGCCCUGCCCCCCUCAAUGCGCCUGCCAGAUCCGGCCCUGGUACACACCCCGAUCGUCCUACCGCGAGGCCAACACCGUGGACUGCAACGACCUGUUCCUAACAGCCGUGCCGCCCGGGCUCCCCGUGGGCACUCAGACCUUGCUUCUGCAGAGCAACAGCAUCGUCCGUGUGGACCAGAGUGAGCUCAGCUAUCUGGUCAACCUCACAGAGCUGGACCUGUCCCAGAACAGCUUUGCGGACGCCCGAGACUGUGACUUCCGGGCCCUGCCCCAGCUGCUGAGCCUGCACCUGGAGGAGAACCAGCUGACCCGGCUGGAGGACCAGAGCUUCUCGGGGCUGACUGGCCUGCAGGAGCUCUAUCUCAACCACAACCAGCUCUACCGCAUCGCCCCCAGGGCCUUCGCCGGCCUCGGCAACCUGCUGCGGCUGCACCUCAACUCCAACCUGCUGAGGGCCGUCGACAGCCGCUGGUUCGAGACGCUGCCCAACCUGGAGAUCCUCAUGAUCGGGGGCAACAAGGUAGAUGCCAUCCUGGACAUGAACUUCCGGCCACUGGCCAAUUUGCGCAGCCUGGUGCUGGCAGGCAUGAACCUUCGGGAGAUCUCCGACUACGCCCUGGAGGGCUUGCAAAGCCUGGAGAGCCUCUCCUUCUAUGACAACCAGCUGGCCCGGGUGCCCCGGCGGGCGCUGGAGCAGGUGCCCGGGCUCAAAUUCUUGGACCUGAACAAGAACCCACUGCAGCGGGUAGGGCCCGGGGACUUCGCCAACAUGCUGCACCUCAAGGAGCUAGGGCUAAACAACAUGGAGGAGCUGGUUUCCAUCGACAAGUUCGCUCUGGUCAACCUCCCCGAGCUGACCAAGCUGGACAUCACCAACAACCCCCGGCUGUCCUUCAUCCACCCCCGCGCCUUCCACCACCUGCCCCAGAUGGAGACCCUCAUGCUCAACAACAAUGCUCUCAGUGCCUUGCACCAGCAGACGGUGGAGUCCCUGCCCAACCUGCAGGAAGUGGGUCUCCAUGGCAACCCCAUCCGCUGCGAUUGCGUCAUCCGCUGGGCCAACGCCACGGGCACCCGGGUCCGCUUCAUUGAGCCGCAGUCCACCCUGUGCGCCGAGCCGCCAGACCUCCAGCGCCGCCCCGUCCGCGAGGUGCCCUUCCGGGAGAUGACGGACCACUGCCUGCCCCUCAUCUCCCCCCGCAGCUUCCCCACCAGCCUCCAGGUGGCCAGUGGAGACAGCCUGCUGCUGCACUGCCGGGCACUGGCCGAACCGGAACCCGAGAUCUACUGGGUCACUCCGGCCGGGGUCCGACUGACGGCUGCCCGUGCGGGCAGGAAGUACCGGGUGUACCCCGAGGGGACUCUUGAGCUGCGGAGGGUGACGGCAGACGAGGCGGGGCUGUACACGUGUGUGGCCCAGAACCUGGUGGGGACUGACAGUAAGACGGUUAGUGUGGUGGUUGGCCGGGCUCCCCUGCAGCCAGGCCGGGACGAGGGAUGGGGGCUGGAGCUCCGGGUGCAGGAGACCCACCCUUAUCGCAUCCUGCUGUCUUGGGUCCCCCCACCCAACACAGUCUCUACCAACCUCACCUGGUCCAGCGCCGCCUCCCCCCGGGGCCAGGGCUCCCCUGCUCUGGCCCGCCUGCCACGGGGCACUCACAGCUUCAACAUCACCCGCCUCCUUCAGGCCACGGAGUACUGGGCCUGCCUGCAAGUGGCCUUUGCUGAUGCCCACACCCAGUUGGCAUGCGUAUGGACCAGGACUAAGGAGGCCACUCCUUGCCACAGAGCCUUAGGGGACCGGCCUGGGCUCAUAGCCAUGCUGGCUCUCGCUGUCUUUUUGCUGGCAGUGGGGCUAGCCGCCCACCUGGGCACUGGUCGGCCCAGGCAGGGGUUGAGUGGGCGGCCUCUCCUUCCAGCCUGGGCUUUCUGGGGCUGGAGUGCCCCCUCGGUCCGAGUGGUGUCUGCGCCCCUUGUCCUGGCCUGGAAUCCAGGAAGGAAGCUGUCCAGGUCUUUGGAAGGGGAAACACUGUCCCCACCAUUGCUGCAAAAUUCCUGAAGCUCAGCCUGCUCGCCGCAGUAGACAAGUACCUAGGACUCCUUUUUACCAAAAGGGAAGCGGUCUGGGCCAGAUGCCCUGCCAGGAAAGUGACAUGGACGCGCGUGCUGGAGGCCUGGCGGCUGGACCGAGACAGACGGGGCUUUGUCGCUCCAGGAGCUGCUCCUACUGCCUCCAGAAAGUCACCGUUACCUUCUGGGGGCCUGUCUGCUGACAUCGUGAGGAGCAUCUCUGAGGAACAGGAAGGACUCUGGCUGGAGCCUCCCAUCUCCCUAGUUGUCUGUGUGCCCAGAGGCGCCUGGGCCCCUGCUUGGAUGUCCCCUGCCUCUGUCCCCAGGCCCUUAGCCCAGGGGGAGAAGCCCCCUCCUCUUCUCUUUCUUUGUACAGUUUCAGUUGCUUGCUCUUUCCCCUCCUGGGCAAGGGCUGAGGGAGGCCUCUCCUCCACACCUUGGGGGACCACUCUCACAGUGGGUCCCCCACCAGAUCUUGAAAGACGUUUGGGGAGAGGGAUGCCCAGGAACACCUCAUCUUGGCAAGCCCAGAUUGGCACUGCAAGGUUGACUUUCUACAGGCAAUUUUGUACCUUUGUGGAGAAAUGUGUCACCUCCCCCCAACCCCAUUCACUCUUUUCUCCUGUUUUGUAAAAAAUAAAAAUAAA